GAUUGUUUAGGAAGCCCUGCAUUUGAGCCACCAUGUGGGCGUGUUUCUCUCAGGCCCAGCAGUCUCUCCGCUCUUGUGGGGAGUUCAGAGCGAGGAAAACGCAUUUCUUCUGCUGCGACCGCAGAGCGCAAAAGGUGGGCGCUCUCCGACUCUGACGCGCACGACAUCUUCUCCCAACCCCGGGGCUCCAGGCGCUUCACCAACAAGAGGGAGGUUUACAAAGAGAGAGAGAAAAAAAGAGGAACUCAUCAUCAUCAUCUAGCCAUGGACGCAUCUCGGUUCGCUGCGGUACAUCUGGGCCUGCUCCUCGUUCUGUUUGGGAAUGUACCGUGUUUCCAGUCUGCUGCUAUCAUCUCUCCCUCUGCGCCGAGGAGGAACCGGGAAGCCAGGACCUCUCAUCCGCACGGACAAAGGUCGUCCAGGCUCUUCAGAGACAUCAUCGCCUCCUCGCAUCCCGUGGCGGGACACCGCAGAGACGGAGAGGUCCCGAGGGACACCGUGGUCCCGCACGAGUACAUGCUCUCCAUAUACAGGACGUAUUCGGCGGCGGAGAAGCUCGGACUGAACGCGAGCUUCUUCCGCUCCUCAAAGUCUGCCAACACCAUAACGAGUUUUGUGGACAAAGGAACAGACAAUCUUUUGCACUCUCCUCUGAGAAGACAGAAGUAUCUGUUUGAUGUCUCGACCCUGUCCGAGAAAGAGGAGCUGGUCGGAGCCGAAUUAAGGAUAUUUAGGAAAGCUUUGGGGGUCCCUCAGGCGGCGGGGCCCUUCCACCUCCAGCUCUACCCGUGCCGCUCCGACACGCCGCUGGACUCCAGGUCUCUGGACGCCGCGGACUCCGCCGAGGCCGGCGGCUGGGAGGUCCUGGACGUGUGGGACGCGUUUCAGACGCAGCGCCAGCACCGGGGCCAGCUCUGCUUCCAGCUCCGGGCCGCGCACGGCAAGUCCGGCGACGAGGUGGACCUGAGGCGGCUGGGCCUGGACAGGAGCGGCCGCGGGCAGCAGGAGAAGGCCAUCCUGGUGGCCUACACCCGCUCCAGGAAGAGGGAGAACCUGUUCAGCGAGAUGAAGGAGAAGAUCAAGUCGCGGCGGUCGGCCGAGGAGAAGCCGGCGAGGGCCGAGGGGCCGGGCGAGGGGCCCCCGCGGCGGCGCCGGCGGACGGCGCCGAACAACCGGCACGGGAAGCGGCACGGGAAGAAGUCCAAGUACAGGUGCAGCAAAAAGGCUCUGCACGUGAACUUCAAGGAGCUGGGCUGGGACGACUGGAUCAUCGCCCCGCUGGGCUACGAGGCAUACCACUGCGAGGGCGUGUGCGACUUCCCGCUGCGCUCGCACCUGGAGCCCACCAACCACGCCAUCAUCCAGACCCUCAUGAACUCCAUGGACCCCAACAGCACCCCGCCCAGCUGCUGCGUGCCCACCAAGCUCAGCCCCAUCAGCAUCCUGUUCACGGACUCGGGCAACAACGUGGUGUACAAGCAGUACGAGGAGAUGGUGGUGGAGCAGUGCGGCUGCAGGUAGCGGCGUGUCGGAGGAGAAAACGAAAAGACCGAUUUAUGGUCGAACGGAAGUGCUGACGGCUCCGUGGACGUGGACAGAUCAGCUCCUCACAGGGUCUGGAGCGUUUUAGUCCAAAUGACUGGAUGCCCCCCCUCCGCCCCC